CUGACGACACUGAUGAUGUUUCAAUCGAUGAGAUGACAGGAGUCUUAUCUCUGACGUCACCAUCGCCAGGACUUUACGUCGUCUUAGUUGAAGCUUACAAUAGCUCAGAGGUUGAUAUUCCGACAUUAACCAUAAGAAUGUACUCUACGGUUGAAGUCCGACUAACUGAAGUAGCUAAUAAUCCACCGAUGUUCACAGCACCAGAGUUUACAAUUCCGACUCGAAUACUUCCAGUGGAGAGUGGAACGGAGCUGUGGGAUUUUGGUCAGAACGUAACCGAUGCGGAUUCGCCGGCCUUUGGAAACGGAGAACUGCUCUUUUUUAUUGACGGAGUCGAGUGCUACGGCGGUUGUGACGCAUCAGAUGUUUUUAACAUGACCGCCGACGGGAAGCUUAUUCUUGCCAAGGAUCUGACAACCAUCCGGACUGUGAACCUAACCAUCAGAGUGCAGGACCGUGCGGUAGAGCCUCUCAAUGAUACAGCUCCUGUGAGUCUGGGUUUCAGACCGGCCAGCACGGGUCCACCUAUGUUUGUCGAUGAAUGCGAAACCCCUAUUCUUAUACAAGAGGAGAGUGAUGAAGUGGAUAUGUUGGUUUGCGAUCUUAGAGCGGUAUCAGGCGAUGAUUUACCGGUGAUUUAUGGCUUCAAAGGAGAUGAACCUGGCAAUUUUACUAUCAACUCGGCAACUGGAAAAAUCUUCACCACGAGGGCUUUUGACUAUGACGAUUCCGACAGGCAGUUUGAGCUUCUAGUGUUUGCAAGAACGUAUGACACAAGCCAAGAGAGAUUCACAGUGGUUAAUGUACAAAUUGUUGAUAUCAACGACCAUGCCCCAGAGUUCCUACAGGAUUCGUAUCAAUUUGAGUUGGAUGAAGAUUUGAACAGUGCCUGUCAGAAUGGCUCAAUGCCCCCUGGAGAAUGGCUUGUGAAGGCGACGGACGACGACUCAACAUUGAUAAAUCAGAGAGUAGAAUACUCCAUCGUUGGAGGAAGUGAAGAUUUUACGAUUGACACGACCACCGGGAAGAUCAGUAAAUUACGAUGCAUCAACGCAGAGAACUACACUUCAGACGUUAUCACGUUAAUCAUCAACGCGACCAAUCCGGAUGCGAUUCUCCAGCCAAUGGGUUCCACCAGUGUCUCGUUUGUCAUACGCGAUCUAAACGACAACGCUCCGAGCUUUGACGAGGCCAGUUACGUACCAGUAUGGGUGCCGUAUUUGAUGUCGGACAACUUCAUCAAGAGUGUUGUAGCACAAGAUGAAGACGUGAGUGAGUAUAACAGUGGUGUAACGUAUUCCUUCGCUACUGAUCAAGAUUUGAAUGUCUACCGGUACUUCACAAUCGGUGAAACGACUGGGGAGAUACGAACGACGAAUGUUACGGGGUAUAAUACCGAGGAGCUGUUUGGAGACGACAAUGAAAUAACGAUUAUCGUUAAUGCUCGUGAUAACGGAUCCCCACCCAGGGAAGCAGACCCACAGGGUAUCGUGGCCGUUCUUUAUGAUCCCAACAACUUGAAUGAACCCUACUUUCCUGAGAAAGACCGGGAGCAAGAGAUCUCUCCACCAGAAAAUGCUGAGAAUUGGUGUGAUGAAUUCACGCCUCCGUAUAUUACAUCGUCACCAGAGAUCGUCGUGUUGUAUUCGAUUAUAGACGUUGUUCCAAGUAAUGACACCUCAACUUUCUUCCUGCCCGCAAUCGAUCAACCUAAGCUCUGCUCUUCAAAGACCUUCGAUAGAGAACAGAUUAGUGAAUACGUCAUCACUAUCAAAGCUAUGUCUUGUAACGAGACGGAAGAAGACUGCAGUGUUUCCAUCGCAAGAGCAGGUCUGAGAGACAGAGCAAGACGCUUCAGUCUGGAAGCAGUGGAAGCAAACUCUGGAAAUGCAGAUUUCAGUGUAGUGGUCAUCACACUCCGUGUUGAAGAUGUCUCUGACGCGACACCAGAGUUUGACAAAGACUUCAUCGAGGGCGCCAACAAGUUCAUCAUCGCAGUGCCAGAUAACACUCCAUAUGGGCAGAUCAUCUUCCAGGCUAAGGCAACAGAUGAUGAUGCGCAAUCACGUCUGAACUACAGUAUCGAGUACGAUGAUCACAGCUCAACGCCAAACUUUGUCAUGGACGACUUGACGGGAAGACUAGCAAUCCAAGACAGGGUGGAGUCCUACCUGAGUGAUGUGACCUUUGACCUGAACGAGGAGCAGGCAGCCUAUGUGGUCACUUUGAAGGUCAACGAUGACUUGACGAAUCAAAGUUACAAAGCCUCGUCCGAGGUGGAGGCUAAGAUUAAGCUGCUGUUCAUCUAUGAAUAUGCCAUCCUCGUGAUCGACAAAAAACCAACGGAUGUGAGCAUCGAAAGUGCCGCUUUAGUUGAAUGUCUCUCGGAUGAGCUUGGGUUGACGCUUGUAGUCGACAGCAUAGAGGCCCACGUCAUCUUACCAAGAAAAGUGUUCUUCACAUACAGCCCAAUCGAGAUCGACCAAAAAAGAACUGAUGUAUGGGUUCAUAUGAUCGACACAAAGGAUGGUGUGAAAUUUGUGAAGUACUGGGAUUUCAAAAAAAUGUGGGAUUCCAACAAAGGGAAGAGUAAGUGUUUCUCAACCGACGUAACCCUUCGUCCGCCGCAGCCUCACUCCGUCGUAGCAGAGCAGUUUGACGAGUCGAUGAUUGCGUCCUUUGCAUUACUCGUCAUGGCUAGCUUUAUAGGAGUCUCUACAGUCCUGAUGAUGGUGGCUAUCCUCUACAUGUGGCACAACGUGAAACUUCAAGGUGGUCGUCAGAUUUCUCGUAGAUUGGACAUGUUGAUGUUGACUGAGAACGAUCAACUCUCGACCCAGUACAGUGGAGUCGAUAACCAGGGUUAUGAACCGGACUUUGUGGUAGAGGCGACUACUUCAAUUAAAGAGCAGGACGUUAAGGUUGAUGUUGGAGAACAAGCCAAUCUUGAAGCUGCAGGGAUGUCUGCGGAACCUAUUGAACCAGUAUAUGCUAACGUAGCAAAGGUAUCUAUUCAAGCUUUACAGAGCGAGCCAAAGUCGGCGCUUACCAAAGGUCCCGAACACUACGAGUCACAGGAAGUGGUAUUUGACUUCCCCUACGAGGAGGAGUCAGACACGGAUACUGGGGUGGCGGACUUUGCUCGCAUUCGCACCCAAGCAUACCCGGACAAUAAGGAGCCAAGCCCUGAUCCGGCAAGCGUGGAGAUUGUCAACGAGCAGCCGGACAAACUCGAUAAUGCUGACAGUAGCGGAGCAGCUCUGAUGGUUUCAGCUGAGCAGCAAGACAAGAGUGAUGCUCAGGAGACGACCAAAGAUCCAACAGAAGCACCUUCAACUGAGAUACCAACGGGAGACGUAGCAGAGGAGCCUGUCCAAGAUCUGUGCCCACUGCAACCAGAAGACGUCAGCAAGGAGCUCUCAAAAGAGCAGGCUUCAGGCUCAGAAUCAGAUUCAAAGCAAGAGGCAUUCGAUGACUUGCCACUACCUCCGCCCCCACCACCAACCCCUGGUGAGGUUUCAGCCGAUAGCGAGCCAGCCACCCCCAAGUUGGAUCCUAAACAAGCCACCAAGGAGCUCGACAAUGACAUCCCCUUUCCGCCACCGCCUCCUGAAGUACUCUCCAACAGCAACGAGAAAAAUAAGAGUACGCCGUCCACUCCUCGAUCCGCUCACUCUGAAGGUCACAGCAGUUCUCAGAGCCCAUCCGAGGGUACGCCAUUGACCGACUUCGAAAACGGUGAGAUCCCAGAUUUCCUUGAAAAUAUAGAGAUCACCAAACUGUAAUUCUGCUUUCCUCUAAAAUCCAUCCCCCUCUCGCAGCCGAUUUCACGGAACGCUAGGAUUAAUCCUACCUCGAGUUAGCAUGAGUAACUAGUCCUAACUUAGGAUUAAUCUUUUAGGUUUACAUGUUACAAGGUUGGGACUCGUCCUUAGUCCUACCAUUUUAAUCCUAUCUCGAGUUAGUAUAAAAAACUGGUCCUAACGUAGGAUUAAUCUUAAGGUUUACAUGUUACAAGGCUGGGACUCGUCCUAAGUCCUACGAUUUAUCCUAUCUCGAGUUAGUAUGAGAAACUGGUCCUAACUUAGGAUUAAUCUUAAGGUUGACAUGUUACAGUUUAAGGCUGGGACUCAUCCUAAGUCCUACGAUUAAUCCUAUCUCGAGUUAGUAUGAGUAACUGGUACUGACGUAGGACUAAUCUAAAGGUUGACAUGUUACAGUUUAAGGCUGGGACUCAUCCUAAGUUCUACGAUUAGUUAUAAGUUAGGAAGAGUUUAGUGAAAUCGACGGCAGGUUUGCAAACUGUUAUCAUGCAUGAUAUUCUUCCUACUUUAGUCUGUUUCCCGAUUUUUUUUACCCAUGGGUCAUAUCAGAAUAAUCAUCCAUAAUAAUGCCUUUAAAGUCUGUUCGGGCUUGUAAUUGCAUCAUGUGUACAUUUUAAGCAAGCCUUUGUACCAAAUAUCAUGAGUGUUUUAAAAGAUGUUUGUAGAUACACCACUGCUGAGCGGGGUGAAAAAGUGUCUUUAGUGUUUCACCAUCAAUUGUGCCUUUAACUAAAAGUUAGGUAAACAAAGUGCCUGUUUUUAUAAAGUGAUUUUCAAACUGUAGAGCUGAAAACUCAAUGCAAAAUAUUCAAGCUAUUUGUUCCAUUAUAUCUUAUACAUUACUGAUUACUGAUUGGUAUUACAAUUAAUUUUUGUGGAAUUAUUGCAAAAGUUACAUUUUAUGGAUGAAAAAUGAAAUGUCUGCAACAAAUUUUAAAACUUGAUGUAAUUUGUAAAAAAAAAAGAAAAAUGUUUGCCAAAUAUUAUUUUAGUCACUGCCUGGUGGAAAUAAUACCUCGUGGAAACAAUACGAAUACAAGACCAUUAUGUUUGCUGUUUGCCAUUUUUUUAGUGCCAUUUGUAGCUUUUAAAGAACUGCAUGUAUGUUGCCAAAUUUUGAUCGUACAAAAAAGUAUGUGUAAGUUUUGAGUUGUUUUUGGCAUAAGUAGUAUCUGUUUGCAAACUAUUCCCGAUUGUUAUUUUGUUGUAGUUCUUGAAAGAACAGUACCGUAACCACAUAAUAUUGCAGCUACAUUAGUUUAAUUUUGCCUUUUGUUGAGUUGGAAAGUAUGUGAUUUUCUGACUAGUUGAUCUAUCUAUUAAAGUCACUCGCAGUUGUUCUGAAAUUGGAAACAUUUGUCGCCUGUGUCACCUUAUUGUUAACAUACUUCUAUAAAGGGUGUCAGAA